AUGCGGGGCCAAAGUGUGCUGGAGCGUAUACUCAACGGAGACGAGGAACCCAAGGAUCUUCCAUUAGCACUCUUACAGGAAAUUACUAAUGAUUUCUGUGAGGAGAACAAAAUCGGUCAGGGUGGAUUUGGAGAGGUCUACAAGACGAGAAUAGCGGAGGCUGGGUCCGAUGAUUUUAAAUUGGUCAACGUCAGAGAAAGAUUGCUCUGUUUCGAGUACAUCAGCAAUGGAAGCCUUGAUAAGCAUAUUACUGAUGAACUAAGGGGACUUCAAUGGGAAAAACGCUAUGACAUAAUCACCGGAACUUGCAAUGGUCUGCGUCAUCUCGAGGAGAAAGAAAUUAUUCAUAUGGACCUUAAACCGGCUAACAUAUUACUAGAUGAUCAUAUGGUUCCAAAAAUUACCGAUUUUGGUUUGUCAAGACCAAAUGAAAAUUCACAUACUAUGGGUCCACGUUUUGGAACACGAGGAUAUGUCGCUCCGGAAUAUGACAACGCUGGCAAAACUUCUGUCAAGUCUGACAUAUAUAGUUUUGGUGCCAUAAUCAUUGAAUUAGUAACAGGGUUUAUGGGCAUCCCUGAUAAAAACAAUGUACUUCGAAGGUGGAGACACAGGUGGAGUAAGUCACCGACGUUGCUACAAUACCAGCAACUAACUAGAUGCAUGGAAAUAGCAGUACGCUGCAGGCAACAAGAACCGGAAGCUAGACCUUCCAUAAUGGAUAUAAUUAACUAUCUGAGUAAAUCUGAAAGUACGGAUGUGCACACUGGCCAGAUUCAAAUACAUUGGUUAGCUAAUCAUAAACCUUCUAGACCAAGCCAGCAGUACACGACACGGCCAGGGAAAGGCAUUGUGCCGCCAGGAUGCAACGAGCAUCUUGUUCAGAUAACAGUGCAGGCGCAGCGACAGGAUAGGGCACCACAAGUUACACAGAAUGGUGACAAGUUCAUCAUCCAGAGCACAAAAGUGAGUAAUCUUAGAGAUGAGGAUAUCACUGAACAUAUAUUCCAUGAAGAGGCCGGUAAAAUGGUUGAUGAGGUGAAUUUGAAGGUCAAAUAUGAGCCUGUUAGUCGACAAGACCCCAGUUUGCCAGCCGAGGCAGUCUCCCUCAUGGACAUCAAUUCCAGCAUCUAUAAAGACGGCGUGCAAGGACAAUGUCACAAAGAACUAGAUCACCGUGAUUUCCACCUACCAGAAGAAUUUUCACAGAGUCAACCUACGAACAUGACUUACCUACUGAGAGUCAGCGACCGAGCCGUGGAUGUCACAAGGGGGGCCAUGGGCAGCCUACUCCACAAGCUGGGCGAGCUCAACAAGGAGGACUUCAAUCUGGAGGCAAGCGUCAAAAAAGAUGUCCAGUCACUCUCGGGAGAGCUGGUGACGAUGCAGCUCGUACUCCGCAAGGUGUCAGAGGUGCAGCGGGGCAACCUCGAUGACCUGGUCAAGCGUUGGGCCAGCAAUGUCAGGGAGAUGUCAUAUGACCUAGAGGAUUUCGUUGACGGCUUCUUGGUGCAAAGCCAGCCUGAAUCUAGUACAAGUGGCUUCAGGGAACUCACACACGAGAUAUGCUUCCACUUAGAGAAGGGCAAGAGUCACCAUACAAUAGGCAACUUGAUCAAAGACAAAAGCAAACAAGUCCAAGAUGCGGCCAAAAAGUGUAAAGAGUAUAAGGUCGACAAUGUGGUACCUAAUGCAUCUGCCAAAGCUGCCAUUGAUGAACUUCGGAUUUUGGCUAUGUAUGAAGAUAAAGAACAGCUCGUUGGCAUCAAUAGACCAAGAGAUGAGCUAAUAAGGCUAUUUGAGGAGGAUGGCGAUGUAUCAAAGGAAAAUCUCAAGAUAGUCUCCAUUGUUGGAUUGGGAGGAUUGGGCAAGACCACACUUGCCAAGGCAGUAUAUGACAAGCUUAAAGCCCAAUACCAUCUUAAAACUUUUGUUUCGGUUGGUCAGAAUCCUGAUGUGAAGAAAGUUUUGGGAAAUAUCCUCCGUAAACUAGUAAGGAAUUUCAAUGUAGAGAACUUGGAGGCGGAGGAUCUCAUUGAGGAACUACAAGAAUUGCUCGAGGAUAAGAGAUACUUCAUAGUAAUUGAUGAUAUAUGGGAUUCUACAGCAUGGGGUCGUAUUGCUUAUGCUUUUCCAAGAAACAGUUGUGGCAGUAGAGUGAUAACAACAACAAGGAUUGAACGUGUUGCUCGUGACUGUUGCAAAGUUGAAUGCAAAAAUGUUUAUAGGAUGAAACCACUCGGUGAAGUAGACUCAAGAACACUAUUUCUUAGAAGAACAUUUGGUUCUGAAAAAGAUUGCCCCGAUACACACAGAAAAGAAGAGAUUUUAGUUGAUAUUCUAAAAAAAUGUGGUGGUAUGCCACUUGCUAUUAAUAGUAUUGCAAGCCUUCUAGCUGGUGAACCAGAGUCAACCUGGGAGUAUGUAUGGAAAUCCUUGGGUGCUCUGACUGAAGGAGAUAAUCUUGAAAACAUGAAGCAAAUAUUGGAUCUUAGCUACAUACAUCUUCCUGAUCAUCUGAAGGCAUGUCUACUUUAUAUUUGUAUGUAUCCAGAGGAUCGCGAGAUAGACAAAACUGAAUUGUUGAGGAAAUGGGUAGCCGAAGGUUUCGUGCACGUGAGUACAAAUGGUCUUCUGGAUGCAGUGGAUGUUGCAGAAAAGUACUUCAAAGAGCUCAUCAACAUGUGUAUGAUCCAGCCUUGGAGGAUAAGCUACAACAAUGAAGUGUUGUCUUGCAGAGUACAUGAUAUAAUUCUUGAUAUGAUGAGAUCCAAGUCAAGUAAAGAGAAUUUUAUUCAUGUGAUUGAUGGUUCUAAGGUUGAGACGGGGGAGAUCCGCCGAGUCUCAGUCCACUACAAUGAUAAAAAGGAUACAACAAUUUUGGAAACAAUCAACAAAGGGUCACUAUCACAUGUUCGGUCAGUCUUACUUUGCCGGAGCUCACUUUUGCCUUAUUUUCUGGAUUUCAAGUAUGUCAGAGUGCUACACCUUGAACAUAAGUAUUCUUUGAACAACUACCUGGACCUCACUGGUAUCAGUGGGCUGUUCCUUCUAAGAUGUGAGUUGAAGCUACCUAAUAAAAUUGAGGAGCUACAGCAAUUGGAGACAAUAGAUAUACGUGUAGGUAAACUGAGAGAAUAUCCAUCAGAUAUUGUUAGUUUGCCCCAGUUGUCGCAUCUCAGUUCGAUGGGAACAAUGCUGCCUGACGGGAUCGACAGGUUGAAAUCCUUGUGCACCCUACAAGGUGUAGAUAUGUUUAAAAGCUCGGUAGAGAAUAUCAAGGGGCUCAGCAAGCUGACCAACUUGAGGGAACUUGGGAUCUCUUGGAAUGGGAGUAGUGAAUCGGUGGAAGAGAGCACCAUGGAUGCCCUGGACUCUUCUAUCCGCAAGCUUUCUGCCAACCUCAGGAUCUUCACUUUCAAAGGAGGAUUUGCUUACAAACCAGAUGUCCCAGGAUGGAUUACCAGACCACCAUUCCAUCGGGACUCUCAUCUUCGGGAGCUCAAUCUGGGGGGCUGCAGGUUUCAAAGGUGCCCCGAGUGGAUUGGUGAGCUCCACGGCCUCUACAAGUUGGGCAUUGUGGUGAGGGAGGUGGCUGAUGGUGUCAGUAUUGUUGCACGGCUGCCUUCACUUGCCCACUUCUAUUUGAUUGUUUCUGGUAUGGGUGAAGAAGAAAAGGAAGAAAGUGUAGUCAUCCCUGGCACUGGCAGCGGGGCAUUCCGAGCACUCAAGCAGAUGCUCUUCAACUGUCCAAAGGUGUCACUGAACUUUGAAGCUGGGGCUAUGCCCAAGCUAGAGAAGCUUUCCUUGCGGUUCCGUCACAACAUGGCUCCUCAGUUCCUACCGGUUGGCAUCCAGCACUUGCCCGCUGGCACCCUUAAACAAAUCUGGUUACAUGUGUACAGCAAUCAAACACAAAACAAAACAUCUGUGAGGCACCUGUUGGAGGGAGCAUUUAAGCAGCAUCAUCCAAGUGCCGACAUCACCGUUGACUUCAUUUAAGAUAAUGGACAUGCUGAGGGUAAUCUCUGCUUCAUUAUACUUUUCGCUUCUAGUUUGUACUUAUAAUUAA